AUGCUUGCCCCACGCUUGCAAAAGGCAAUUAAUGCCUGCAGAUCGUUCCAUCUCGCCAGAGUGAUGUCCAGUGAGUUUUUCAUUUGAUUUUCCCGAAAUAUUUUCACGAAGAUCCGUAGUUUUCAGUGCGCGGACCUCUGACAUUCGAUGGAUGGUACCCUCGUGAUCACAAGCCGAGCGCUCCGCCGACGAACGAGGCAGAGCGUCGCGCGGCAGCCGUCAAGUACGGUCUUCGGCCGGAAGACUAUCAAUCGAUGGACAAAGACGACGUCGUCAAGUUCGCCGGAGACUAUCCGGAUCUCGGCGUGAUCACCUACGACCACAAGGAUCCGUACGAGGCGUGGACCGACCGACAGAACCGCAGAAAUUGGGGAGAGCUCGUGCCGAUUGAUAUGAUGCGCUACCGUGGAGAUCGUCUCACUUUCACCGGACUCGAGGCUGAGGAUUACACUACGUAAGUUGGGAAAAAUGCGAAACAUUUCGUUUUUAUAUGAUUUUUGCAGAUGGGGCUCAAUCGUGAUGUGUCUGCGUGUGCUGGUGCCGAUGGCGCUGCUCACCUGGUACUUCUGCAACGAUCAUCCGAAUGCGCUGCGCUGGAGGAACCCGGCGAUGCCGAAGCAGUAUCCGUACGACUUCUACCGUGCCUAUCCGUUCGACGAUCCGCGCAAAUACCCAAUUGUCAACUAUUCUUUUGAAACCGAAUAG